AUGCGAUACUAACCCGUAGUUAUGGUGACUCAACUUAGGAGAAACGGGAUGCUGCCUGUCUUUGAUUCAGCAUUAGCUUUUGCCAAGAAAGUCAAAGUCCCUUGUCGUGUUCCUUUGCCGUACGCUCUAAGCGCACAGGAACUUGCUGUUAAGGCGUUGAACAUGUCCUACGACUGAGAAGCGAGGAUUUUGCCUCGUUUCAUGCGCACGAAGAGACGAGAGAAAGAGUCAUGGGAAUGCUUGAAAGAAGACUGCUCGUCGCUUUGGGCAUUCUUAUGCUCCCCGUGUUCUGCUUUACGCGUACAUCAAGUAAAGCAGUCUCGGGUGAUGCCAGCCCAGAUGCCCAGAGCACGUUGCCCCACUUCCUGAUGGAGCCGGAGGAUGCCUACAUCAUCAAGAGCAACCCGGUGAAGCUGAAGUGCCGGGCGACGCCCGCCCUGCAGAUCUUCUUCAAGUGCAAUGGGGAGUGGGUGCAUCAGAGCCAGCACUCAUCCCAGGAGUACAUGGAUGAGAGCACAGGCCAGAGGGUGCGCGAGGUGGUGAUAAAUGUGACGCGACAGCAGGUGGAGGACUUCCACGGCCCCGAGGACUACUGGUGUCUCUGUGUGGCCUGGAGCCACCUGGGCACCUCCAAGAGCCGCAAAGCCACCGUCCGCAUCGCCUACCUGCGGAAGAACUUUGAGCAGGACCCUCAGGGGAAGGAGGUGCCAAUCAAGGGCAUGAUUGUGCUUCACUGCCGGCCCCCAGAGGGAGUGCCCAUGGCUGAGGUGGAGUGGCUGAAAAAUGAGGAGCUGGUGAGCUCCAUCGCCGACGACAACAUCGACACGCGCGCCGACCACAACCUCAUCAUCAACGAGGCCCGCCUGUCGGACUCAGCUAACUACACGUGCCUGGCCAGCAACAUCGUGGCCAAGAGACGAAGUGCCACCGCAACCGUGGUGGUUUUUGUAAAUGGCGGCUGGUCUUUGUGGACUGAGUGGUCGCCCUGUAAUGUAAAUUGUGGCAGAGGCAUUCAGAAGCGCACUCGCACCUGCACCAAUCCUGCCCCCUUGAAUGGAGGUGCAUUUUGCGAGGGCAUGUCUGUACAAAAGAUCACCUGCAACGCACUCUGCCCUGUGGACGGAGGCUGGGACGAGUGGGGCGAGUGGAGCACGUGCAGCGGGCAGUGCGAGCGGCAGCGCGCCAGGGAGUGCACGGCGCCAGCGCCUCGCCACCGUGGCAAGAUGUGCGAGGGCGAGAGCCAGGCCACGGAGAACUGCACGGGAGGCCUGUGCACCGAGAAUCGAAAGCUGCUGCAUGAUGUAAAACCUCAAAGCAUGGACGGUACUAAUGACGUGGCCCUAUACUCCGGACUGGCAGCUGGGGUCAUCGCGGUGGCCGUCCUUGUUGUGGCUGUCACGCUCUACAGGAAGAGCCAGAGCGAGUAUGGGGUGGAUGUCAUCGAUUCGUCCGCACUCACCGGAGGCUUUCAAUCCUUCAACUUUAAGACCACCAGACAAGGCAACCCUCUCCUACUGAAUUCCUCAAUGCAGCCCGAUAUAACAGUGGGCCAGACGUACAGCAGCCCGAUCUGCUUUCAAGACUCCAUAGACAAAGAGCUCUUUGACCCCCUGCCCGACAUCAAGGUCAAAGUUCAGAGCUCCUUUAUGGUUUCACUAGGUGUGGCUGAUCGGGCAGAGUACCACGUCAAAGCCCACCCCGAGACCUUUCCGCGCGGCCUGGACAGAGACUGCCACACCAUGGACGGCCGGAAGAAGAACCUGACGCUGCUCUCGCGCCCCGGCGCACUCUCGGCCGGCAAGGCACAGCCGAGAACCACAGGUGUCUUCGGGCAUCUGGGCGGCCGUCUGGUUGUGCCGAACACUGGGGUGAGCUUGCUGGUAUCCCACGGGGCCAUUGCGGAGGACACCUCAUGGGAAAUGUAUAUGGUGAUAAAUCAGAGGGAACCCAGCGUGAAGGCAGCAGAGGGCUAUGAGAUUCUCCUGGCGCCAGAGGUGACAUACGGUCCCCCAGGGCUUGACCUCUCCUUCCCCAUCGCAAUGACAAUUGCCCACUGUGCCGAGGUUAACGCUGCAAACUGGAACAUCCAGCUCAAGAGACAAGCAAAGGACAACAAGUGGGAGGAAGUGAUGUCAGUGGAGGAUGAGUCAACGUCCUGUUACUGUCUAAUGGAGGCCAACUGCUGCCACGUGCUGUUGGACCAGCCCGGUUCGUACGCCCUGGUGGGCGAAGCGCUCACCGAGGAGGCCGUGAAGAGGAUGAAGCUGGCCGUCUUCGGCAGCGCGGAGCCCAACUCCACGGACUACAGCCUCCGCGUGUAUUGCGUGGACGACACGCCAUAUGCCUUUCAGGGAGUGGUUACCACGGAGACAAGCAAAGGUGGACAGCUUCUGGAGGAGCCCAAGAUUCUGCUCUUUAAAGGGAACUCGCUCAGUCUGCAGGUGUCCAUCCAGGACCUCCCCCACUUUUUAUGGGAUAUCAAACCCUUCACUACCUGUCAGGAAUUCUCCUUCUCCCAAGUGUGGUGCAGCAACCAGCAACCCUUGCACUGUGCCUUCCUACUGGAGAGAUAUAGUUCGGCCAACACCCAGCUGUCCUGCAAGAUCAGCGUGCGGCAGGUCAAGGGCCACGAGCAGAUUCUGCAGGUCUACACUUCGGUCAUCGAGAGUGAAAAACAGACGGUUCCAUAUUUUAUGCAGGCAGACUGCACAGUCACCUCGCACACGGGGGCCAAAGCCUUCAAAAUACCACUGUCAAUCCGACAGAGGAUCUGCGCCACUUUUGACACUGCCAAUGCUAAAGGCAAGGACUGGCAGCUCUUAGCACAGAAGCUCCACAUAGAGAGGAACUUGUCCUAUUUUGCGAAGCAGAGGAGUCCCUCCGCAGUCAUCCUGAGCCUGUGGGAGGCUCAGAACCAGGACAAUGGCGACCUUGACUCGCUAGCCAGCGCCUUGGAGGAAAUAGGCAAGAUCAACUCCAAGCACCAGCUCAAGAGCCCGGAGGAGCCACGCCAAGACUACAACCAAUGAGGAACAAUUUCGGUCUUAUUAUGGAAGAAAAAGAAAAAAACACGAGCAAAACAAAAUGAAACAAACUUUUUCAAAAAAUGGUCUAUUAUAAUCAAUAUUCUGGCGAAUCAGUGUGCGGUAGGAGAAUGCAAACUCAAUCCCUGCAUCUCCAGGGUUAGUCACAGGGGAGGGCUGGUCAAAGCAAAAGUCCACAGCAACGUAUCAAUUACCUAAAAAGCAAACUGUUCAAGUGCUUUGUACGAGCAAAAUGUCAUCUGUCAGAUCUUGCUUGCAGAUCAAAGGCACUGUAUUCUGUACUAUAUGUGUGUGCGUGUGUGCGUGCGUGGUGGUAAUUUUUUACCAUAGAAUGAAUAUAGAAUGAAUAAAGGAACUUGGUACCAGUCUACU